AUGUCUUUCAACUGCUCGCCGUACGUUGAUGAAUAUGGCUAUGAAGACUACGCGCCACGGAGGAAUGUUUGGUCCAUCAUGGGCGUCCUUAGGAAGAGUCCGGAGCCGGAGGUUUCUUCUGACGACGAUUCGGAUUGUGAGGAGGAGGGCUACGACGGGGCGGAUGAGUGCUCUGAGAUGGAGGUCGAUGAGCCUGGGCCAUCGGGACACGAGGAGUUCGCCGAUGGUGGUGCCGACAGUGGCGAGAGUGGCCAUUCUGCACCAGUCGAACCAACCAAAUGUACUAUCGAGAAAGGCGACGUAGUCUGGGUGAAGCCAACCGACCGAUGGGUCAAAGGAAAGGUCCUCAAAGUGUCAGAAAGCAAAAGCAGGCCUGGAGUGCAAAUGUACACUGUCCAGUUCGGACUAAGGAGGCGAGCGAACCUGAAGUCGGCCUUCGCGCUGGAGGACGGAAAAACUGUACCGGACACUCCGCUUGUCCGUCGGUUACUCUCGUCAGGCGACGAACCGCUUUGA